ACACUAUGUCAUGAACUGGCAGAGCAGAAAAUAGUGAAUUAGCAUAAAAAGUUGUAAGAGUAUAUUCUGAUAUAAUAUAAAGACUUUGAGGAGUGCUUGAAGGAAAUUACAAUGAAAAGAGUAAUUUGGGAAAAUUCAAACGAAGUAUAUGGAAAAGAAGACAUUGGUACUUACAAUACACUUUCGCCACAUGAUGUCGCUGUCUACCACAAGGUCUUUCACCACAAAAGAUAAUGCAGGGUGCUUUAUGUACGCAGAAGCCGCUUUUCUUCACCUUUUCUGAAAUACGGGCAUGGUAAGGUUAUUAAAAAAAUGGAGAAUAAGGAGCUCAAAUUAUUUUUUUAACUUUGGAUCGAUGCAAGAGAGACUAAGUAUUUGGGAAAGGGUUGCAAUGGUGUUUUCCUGGGGAGAAGUUCUAAGAGCCCGGCGACAACUGCUUUCGCUUCUGCUCCUCGCACUCUGGGAGGCUGGGAGCGGUCAGGUCCACUACUCAGUCCCCGAGGAGGCCAAACACGGUACCUUCGUGGGCCGCAUCGCGCAGGACCUGGGGCUGGAGCUGGCGGAGCUGAUACCGCGCCUGUUCCGGGUGGCGUCCAAAGGCCGCGGGGACCUUCUGGAGGUAAACCUGCAGAAUGGCAUCUUGUUUGUGAAUUCUCGGAUCGACCGCGAGGAGCUGUGCGGGCGGAGCGCGGAGUGCAGCAUCCACCUGGAGGUGGUGGUGGAGCGGCCGCUGCAGGUUUUCCACGUGGAGGUGGAGGUCAAAGACAUUAAUGACAACCCACCGGUUUUCCCAAUGGCUGUAAAAAAAUUGUUUAUUUACGAAUCCCGGCCGCCUGGUUCUCGGAUUCCGCUAGAGGGCGCAUCAGAUGCAGAUAUAGGAGUGAAUUCGCAGCUGACCUACAUUCUUAACUCCAAUGAAUAUUUUACCUUGGAUGUUAAAAGGAAUGAUGAGGAUAUUAAAUCCCUUGGGCUCGUGUUGAAAAAACUGUUAAAUCGGGAGGACACUCCUGAGCAUCGCUUACUAAUAAUGGCAGUUGACGGUGGGAAGCCGGAGCUCACAGGCACUACUCAAUUGACCAUCACCAUUCUAGAUGUGAAUGACAACGCCCCCGAGUUUGAGAAGUCGGUCUACAAAGCCAGAUUAUUCGAAAAUGCAUCAAAUGGUACCCUAGCAGUGAUUGUCAACGCCUCUGAUUUAGAUGAAGGAGUAAAUAAGGACAUUGUAUAUUCUUUCAGCACGGAUACGUCUGCGGAUAUUCUGUCGAAAUUCCACUUAGACCCGAUUAAUGGAUACAUCAGUGUAAAGGGUAACCUAGAUUUUGAGGAAACCAAGUUAUACGAAAUCCAGGUGGAAGCAACAGAUAAAGGAACGCCCCCAAUGGCAGAUCACUGCACUGUCCUAGUGGAAAUUCUAGACACCAAUGAUAAUGUACCUGAGUUGGUUAUCAAAUCACUAUACUUGCCUGUGUUAGAAGAUGCUCCGCUUGGCACAAUCAUUGCCUUGAUUAGCGUGUCUGACCGUGACUCCGGUCCCAAUGGGCAGGUGACUUGCACCCUGUCACCCCACGUUCCUUUCAAGCUGGUGUCUACCUUCAAGAAUUACUAUUCGCUGGUGCUGGACAGCGCCCUGGACCGCGAGAGCGUGGCGGACUAUGUUGUAGUAGUGACCGCGAGGGACGGGGGCUCGCCCUCGCUGUCAGCCACAACCAGCGUGUCCGUGGAGGUGGCAGACGUGAACGACAACGCGCCCACGUUCGCGCAGCCCGAGUACACGGUGUUCGUGAAGGAGAACAACCCGCCCGGCUGCCACAUCUUCACGGUGUCCGCGCGGGACUUGGACGCGCAGGAGAACGCGCUGGUGUCCUACUCGCUGGUGGAGCGGCGGGUGGGCGAGCGAGCGCUGUCGAGCUACGUGUCUGUGCACGCGGAGAGCGGCAAGGUGUUCGCGCUGCAGCCUCUGGACCACGAGGAGCUGGAGCUGCUGCAGUUCCAGGUGAGCGCGCGCGACGCGGGCGUGCCUCCUCUGGGCAGCAACGUGACGCUGCAGGUGUUCGUGCUGGACGAGAACGACAACGCGCCCGCGCUGCUGCCACCUGGGGCGGGCGGCGGGAGUGGCGCCGUGAGCCAGCUGGUGUCGCGGUCGGUGGGCGCGGGCCAUGUGGUGGCGAAGGUGCGCGCGGUGGACGCAGACUCUGGCUACAACGCGUGGCUGUCUUAUGAGCUGCAGCCGGCGGCGGGUGGUGCUCGCAGCCCGUUCCGGGUGGGGCUGUACACGGGCGAGAUCAGCACGACGCGCACCUUGGACGAGGUCGAUGCGCCACGCCAGCGCUUAUUGGUGCUGGUGAAGGACCACGGAGAGCCGGCGCUGGCGGCCACGGCCACCGUGCUGCUGUCGCUAGUGGAAAGCAGCCAGGCGCCAAAAACCUCAUUCCAGCCGUCUGCGGGCGCAGUGAGCACAGGAACCGCGCUAGUGGAUGUCAAUGUAUACUUGAUCAUCGCCAUCUGCGCGGUGUCCAGCCUGUUGGUGCUCACACUAUUGCUGUACACCGCUCUGAAGUGCGCGGCGCCUCGGACCGAGGGCGCGUGCGCGCCGGGGAAGCCGGUGCUGGUGUGCUCCAGCGCGGUGGGGAGCUGGUCGUACUCGCAGCAGAGGCGGCAGAGGGUGUGCUCUGGGGAGGGCCCGCCCAAGACGGACCUCAUGGCCUUCAGCCCCAGCCUUCCAGCUGGUUCGUUUAGCGGGGAUAGAGAAGAACAACUGGAUGUGGAUGCUGAUGUUUCUGCCAAAGUGAGUAAUUUUUAAAAUUCUUUCAGUAAUGGCUUUAUCUUUUAUCCCUCGAUGUAUCUACUCCUUUGUAAACAUAUUACAAUUAAAUACUCUAUGUUUUUGGUACAUAGAGUUUUCCAGUUCUUGAUUUUCUGGUUGAAAUGUUUGAAAAUCUUUUUACUAAUGUUUUUGCACCAAUCAGCAAUAAGUAGUCAAAACCAUACUUGUGGUUUGUUUUAUUUUGUAAGUAUGUGCAGUAGUAGGAUUACUUUUUAUCACUAAAGGUCUGGAUAGAAAUUACAUAUAUUUUCUUGCAUGAAUUGCAUUGUUUAGAAUAUUCGACUCCAAACGUGGUGUAUCAGUGCUGCACAAUGCUUCAGGA